AUGGGGUUAUUCACCUCAAGCUGGGAAAGACAAGUUGAUGAUAAUCUAUUUGAUUAUAUAGAUGUUGAUCAAUUCAAAAAUAGGAAAGCUGGUACUAUAUGGAAUUAUUUCGUUAUGAUUUUUCUUUUAGUAUUAAGUUUUGUUUUCUAUGCUGUUGAUAUAUAUACUUGUAUCAAAUUAUUAGCUUUUAAUGAAUGGUCAUCACAAGUUAAACCAAAUUUACCUUUCAAGAUUUCUAAAUGGUUAUUUGCCGCUUGUAUUAUAGUUUCAAUUGUCUUGUUAAUUUAUGAAUUAGUUAGAGGUAUUAAAGUUUUCAGAACAAGAAAUAUUUCAUUAAUUUAUACAAAUACUGCUGCUAAAUCUAUGAAAUCAAUUCAAGGUUAUAAAUAUUUUUGUGUCCUAAAUGAAAUUAAUCCAAGUUCUGGUUUUGAUAAAAUGGCAUUUUAUACUUAUUUUACAUUUCAUGGGUCUAAAAAAUUAAUUUUAGCUGAUAGUCCAAGACAAGUUAUUAAUGCAUUAACUUUAUAUUCUGUCUUGAAUGUUCAAAAUGGAUUUGUGGAAACCUUAGAGAAAAUUCAAAAUCAAAGUCCAAAUGAAGCAAUUAUUUUAUAUGCAAUGACUGUUUCAUUUGCAAUUUGGUUAUUCUUUAUUUUCCAAUUUUUUUUCGCUAUAGUGUUUGCAAUUCCUGUUUUACAUCGAAUUUUAUUAAGAUUAAAAUAUAAAGCUUUAAGACAAUAUGUUUGUAUAAAAGUUGAUCAUACAGUUAAGAAAUUAGCAAGACAUUAUCAAAAAAAAUCAUUAAGAAAAUUAGUUAUUGAAAAUCAAAAAAAUUAUAAACCAACUUUACCUGAUGUUGAUCCAUUAAGUUUUACACCAACUAUACCAAAUAAACCUUCAACUUUUUCAUCAUUAAACUCCUUAUCAAAUUCAACUUUACAAAAUGAAAAUCCAUUUAGUGAUGAUAAACAUAAAUUAUAUGAAAUGACAAAUUUCAAACAAGCAGUUUCAGAUCCAAUGAAUCGUUAUAAUAAUAAUAAUAAUGAAUCAGUUUCAUCAUUUGAUACCCAAUAUUAUGGUGCAUCUCGUAAACAACCACCAAAAAUUGAUUAUAAACCUUCAAUAACAUCAUUAAACACAAGUACAACAUUAAUGUCAUCAACAUCAACAGCAGUUCCAAUAAUUUCUAAACCAACACCACCUUCAAGAACUGCACAAUAUAAACCAUCAUAUUCAUCAUUAGCUACGAUUCAUGAUAAUGGAUCACAAAACUCAAUAACAACAAAACCAGAACCUGUUCAUUUCAAUGAUUUAUUAUAUCCAAAAAAUUAUUCUACAGAAAGUAUUGGUAAUAAUUUUAGAAAACCUUCACAUAGUUCAUCAUCAGAUCAAUCUAUAGUGGAACCUGAAAAAGCAUUAUUAUCAAAUCAUAAUAAUCAAUCAGAUCCAGAAUCAUUACCACAAAUUUUUGAUUCAGAUUUAAGUGAUGAUGAAUUCGAAUCAGAAAGAUAUAAUAAUUCAUCAACAAAUCUUUCUCGUGGUUCUAAAAAAGCUCCAGUUAGAGAAAGUUUAAUAAGAAGAGCUCAAGAUAUGAGAUCUGAAGAUUAUACAAGAUUUAAUCCUUUAAAUUCUCAAAAUUCAAGUAAUGAUUCAUCAAGAAGUAAUACCCCAAAUUCAAAUUCAAGAAAUGGCUCGAAUCCUGGGAUUAAUGUUUUUCAAAAUUUCCAAGGUAGAAGAGUUUUAUGA